AUGCAGUCGAAAUUCUUGCUCAUGGGUGCUACUCUCGCGUGCCUGCCGUACGCUCAUGGCCUCAUUCGUUUUGGCUGCUCUCAACUCGUCACUGAACGUUUCGACCCGUUGGUGACACCCGGAGAGGUCUCGCCUCAUGUCCAUCAAAUCGUGGGAGGGAAUGCAUUCAACCUCACUAUGCACCCUGACAACGACCUUCCUGCGCUCUCAACCUGUACGACCUGUAGAUUCGUGGAAGACAAAUCGAACUAUUGGACCGCCGCGCUGUAUUUCCAUCAUCCUAAUGGAAGCUUCAUUCGUGUUCCGCAAAUGGCGAACCACAACACAGGCCCAGGACUGCAGUCCGGAGGCAUGACCAUCUACUACUUCCAACCCAACGGAGGCAUUCCGUUCACCGUUUUCCCGAAGGGAUUCCGGAUGAUAGUUGGAAACCCAAUGAGACGCAGUAACGACAUCAAUCCUACGGAUACAGCGGCUAAGGCGACAACAUUCAGAUGCUUCGAGGGGGAUGACCCGGGCAGCACCAUCGUCCCUGGAACCUUUCCCCCGGAUACGUUCGAAUUCCCCAAGACGCCGUGCGACGCCGGUAUCCGUUCAAACAUCUAUUUCCCUCAAUGCUGGGAUGGUGUGAAUGUCGACUCGCCCGACCAUUCGAGCCACGUCGCCCAUCCUGUUGGCGGCUUCUUUAACACCCCUUGUCCUCCGAGCCAUCCCGUCAGAAUCCCGCUGUUGUUUAUCGAGAUUAAUUGGGACACGAGACCGUUCAACGACCUCUCUCUCUGGCCAAAGGAUGGUCAGCCUUUCGUCUUCGCCAUGGGCGAUCCGACUGGGUACGGGCAGCAUGCGGACUACGUGUUCGGCUGGGAGGGCGACUCUCUCCAGCGUGCGAUGGAUGUGUGCACGGGAGGUACUGGCAUUCCCUGGCACUGCCCGGUCCUCACAAUACAAGAUACGGAGGACAUGAAUAAUUGUAGGCAACCCGAAAAAGUGGACGAGGUCGUCGACGGAGCAUACAUCGACAAACUGCCUGGAUGCAACCCCCUCCAACGUGGCCCUGCGCAAGCGACAAUGGUCCCAAAUUGCGACGCUCCUUCGACAACAGUGGACGCCCCUGUGCCAACAGAGCCCCCCGCUGCGGUGAACCCACCCUGGGUGGUUUGCAACGACGGUUCGAACACGACUCCACUUCCCAUCAACCCAUACUGCUCGGAGUAUCCUCUCCUCACGCGGGCACCGCAGACGCAACCUGCUGUUCCAACGGCCACCGUCGCUGGAGUUUAA